CCAUGGCAGCCGCUUUGGCGGGAGCGCUAGGCCACGCCCCCUGCGCGGAACCCCGGUCCGCUUCCCGUAAACGGAACCGCCGUGGCGGGAACGGAGCGCGCCCUUGUGUCCCAAGAGUGACCCCAUUUCCCUGUGGGAUUUUGUGCCCCAAUGGCGAGGGACGAGCGGGCGACGCUGCUGGAGGUGUACCAGGCACUCCCGGAAGAGCAAUUCCAGAGCCUGAAGUUCCUGCUGGAAGGGCGAAUUCCAUCCAGGCCUGUGCUCCCGGCAUCGCGCCCCGAUUUGUGCCGGAUCCUCCUCCAGCGCUUCCCGGGGGAUUCCCUGCGUGUGACUGCCGGGAUCCUGCGGCAGAUCGGCCGCCUCGACCUCAUCCAGCGCUUCCAGCUGCCCCUGGAAGAGCAAAUCUCGGAGGAAACUCCCGGGGAACCUAACGGGGACACCCCCAGGGUGAGGGGGGACCCCACUUCAGGACAUCAUCCUGGAGGGAUUCCAGCUCCACCCGUGAAUUCCCGACGCUUGACCGAGAAGGAGUUGAUGCAAGUCGCCCAAAAAUUGGGAAAAGAGUGGCAGGAGGUGGGAAUUCUGCAUCUAGGGCUAGAGCGGAUCCGGCUGGAGCAGAUCCAGGAGGAAAAUCCUGGCAAUCCCAUCCUGUGGAAUUUCGAGAUGCUGCGGGAGUGGCAGCGGCAGCAGCGACAGGAAGCCACAGUGUCCCAGCUCCUAGCCUGCCUUGAGCGUGCCCGGGUCAAUCCUGAAAUCCUCGACAUCCUCCAGGGUCUCCUGGGGGAUUGAGGGACCCCCAAACUCGAUUUCUGGGGGAGGGAGUGUGAUAUCAAAUUAAUAUAAAAUUGGGACCAUUAAAUGCUGUUUUAUUCCA